CUCUCUCCGUGGUCCGUGCGCUGAAUACUACAGCGCGUCGUUAGCGCCUUCAUUUCAACAAUCUGACUAUUCUGCAUUUUGUGGGAUAUUAAGGUAUUCUGUGGGACGAUUGUUUUUGAAUAUAAAACGUACUUUCAGAAGAUGGAGGAUAAAGUCAGUGGAAACACAGCUGUCGAGGCCGCCGAGAGCAAUGCCGGAGUCACUAAAAAGGCUAGCAAGAGUAAGGUUAAGUCACAGCAGAAGAAAAUAUCGUCGCGGCCACCAACUUCUGAGAUGGUGACAGCAGCUAUCAAAGAGUUGAAAGAUCGCAAAGGCUCAUCCUUCCAGGCAAUCAAGAAGUAUAUAGUGUCAACGUACAAGGUGGACGGCGAGAAAGUUGCUCCAUUUAUCAAGCGAUAUCUGAAAUCCGCCGUUACUGCGGGUGCUGUUGUGCAAACCAAAGGUAAAGGCGCCACCGGCUCUUUCAAACUGUCGACAGACAAGCCUAAGCCCACCAAGUCCAAGGGUAAAGCACAACGUGCCUUAGGUAAUUCGUACGUAUGGAAAGCUGAUACGAAGAAGGAUGCGCAGACAGAAAAAGCUCCACGGAAACCAACUGCCGCAAAGAAAACUACUACCGCUAAGAAAGCUGCGACGAGUCCAGCGAAGAAACCAGCUCAGAAGGCUGUCGCGAAGACUGCCGGAAAGAAGGGCAAAGCUACCACGGAGUGGUUACCAAUCGAAGGCAAAGAAGGCAAGUCACCAUCGAAAGCAAAGAAGACUGUGAAAGCACCUGCAGCAAAGACCAAGACACCUAAACCGAAGAAAGCCACAGGGAAAGCUGUGAAGGCCGCAGCAAAGAAAUAAUUGUUCUGUGAUGGAUACACUCGCUGCAGACAUAAAUGGCCCUUUUCAGGGCCCAAAUUAUUUCUAAC